UUUAUCACUUUCUGUUUCUCCAACUGAAGUGCGCAGUUAUUUUUAUAUCUCCGUGGAGUCUGUCUUCGACAAAAUGUACCAAUUUGCUAUAAUUUUCACGUUGUUCUGUAUCGGAAAAACAUUAGGGAAGCCGGAUGAGCCUGCUCCCAAAAUGUCCCCACUUAUCCUCAUCAAGUGCCUCCAUAGAAACAUUUCCUGUAACUCAACAACGGCUGAGGGAUACACUUUCCCACUCUCGUGUCCUGCGGAAGGAAAAGUUCACGUAUAUCAAAAUAAGUCUACAAUUGCUGUUUCUGUUGAUGGGCCUCGACCUUAUAAUUAUUCGGAUGAAGUGAAGAGCAUGACGCCUGAUUCAGUCACUACAAGACACUGCAGAGACCUGCACAUACAAUGCUUUUUUACCGGAGAGAAUACGUUUCUUACCGAAAUCUGCGUGGAUUAUACAGUUACCGAGGAGCCAGAGAAGCAGGAUGAGCCUGAUCCUACAUUUCCCCCAAAGAACCUUAUUGUUGGACUUUGUGUUGUUGUUGUGGUGCUCAUUGUGGUCGUUGUGGUGGUGCUGCUCUAUUGGAAAAAGAAGCAGUACUGUGCACGUAAAGUGUCGCAGUUUUCAACGUACCUACGCUCUUGUCUCAGAAUAACAAAGAGGGAAGGGGCACAGGUAACUAGACACCCUGCAGGAAGUGGAUUCCAGGAGAACAUAGCUGUUGAUUUGGAAGGACAACAACUCAAUGGUGAUAUGAGGCUGUGUGAAAUAGCUGCCACCGAUCUAGAUGGAAGCGUUGAAAAUGAUAUUGAUAUUGAUCGUGAAGCUGAUGGCAGGUCUGCUCCAGUCUCUAGUCUGGACCACAAUUUGAGCUGCGAGGGUGUCCAGCCCUCUAAAAAUGGGAACACACAUGCACCUGUCGUAAUUAAAGACCCCAAUCAUCGAGCUAUGAACGGAAGUGUGAGGGAUGAUCCAGGAGGAAUUAAUGACAACAAUGGGGAACACUUCGUGAGGAUUGAGGAAACGCACAAUGGAUGUGCUCCUGGCUGUGGGGGUCCUGAAGCUUGUGAGAAUGAAGGACACCGCCUGCUGCCUCCUGAGAGCGCUGACAGGCAAGCCCUCCAACCUCCUGACAUGACGGAUGAAGCCAGAGCUUUGGUGAACAAGGCCGGCUUUGAGUCAAACCAGCCCAGAAUGUGCUCUACUGCACCGGAAAAUGGCGUGGAGUCAACCACCAACAUGGGGAACUAUCAAUACUGAUAACUAUUAUUAUAGAUAAAAUAAUAACCUAUAUAUACACUAUAACUAUAUGUCUCACAAGGUAUGUGGUACAUUUACUGGCAGCUUCUUUGUAAUCAAGCCCAGCACUUUCAUUUAAAUCAUAACUUUUAUCAUCAUCGUUGCUCUCUUUUCGAGCACGAUGUUCGAAUAUACGUUUUCUCUAAAAGCCCUCUCUACCUAAUUGUAUACAAUUGCAUCCUAUUCAAAUCAUUCCUUUUGACAUAAUGUGAUCACUCACAGAUGGAUACAUCUUAAUUUGGCUUAUUACAUUUAAACUAAUAUUAGUUAUCACAACAACAAAGACACAAGUGUGAUUUGUUAUUGAGAUACAUAGAUAGUGCAUGGCUUGACCAAAGUAUGGGUGAACCAAAUAUCAGAAAAUGUACCACAUUCUCAGCUGCGAGACUAAAACAUAUAAUAAUACUUAUACUAUUUUUAUAAUCUACGGAUUAAAUACAUUUGUAUAAGCUAUAGAUAUAUCAUAUUUUACAAUGACUUGU